ACCAGAAAUUCUUCCUAUUUUAACUAAUAGUAGUAAAACAACUAAACUAGUAAGAUGUUUACUUACAUAUAUUUUUUCUAAAAAACAUAUUAUAUUGAUAAUACCAAAUAAUGAAUUAGUAGCAAAUGCUGAAAAUCAUCAUAAUACCUGGUUACAAGAUAGUAAUGGUAUUCUUUACAAAUGUGUUAUACAUAGAAAUCAAGAAGAAUUACUAUAUAUAGUAAAAAAUAGAGAAUUAGCAUUAUGA